AUUUAUCGAGAGUUUGUCGACUUUGGACAGUUAGCAAGGGAUUGCCCUUCUUUGGCGAGAUAGUACAUUUGGCCAUGGCCCUAAUAAUGUAGCUAUGCCAUGCUCUAUUCUAACUCUAAGCGUGGUGUGAAUAGUCUCGAUACGAGUUCGAAUAUCAACUUUAAAGACCCGGACGCUGUUCGGUGUGUACCGGCCCUCUUAUACAGCUUCUAGCGCAAAGUCUGAUACUUACCAGGGAGCUUACAAAAUGCCUUCUUUAUCGAGAUUUUGGCCUGAACCUUGCACUCCCGAGCGACCGGCUGUGCCCCACCGUGCCGAAUAGGUCUGGAAUUUCCACUGUUACGGUGAUAUAGUGUACGCGGGCCCUGGGCUGAGUGUUUGGUUUAGGUUGAAUUACAUCCUUUGGGUUCAAGAUCUACUUGAUUCCACCGGCAAUCUUGAAAAUGAUGAGUUUGAUCCUACCCGUGAGGUUGUCGGGCUGGAUGUGUAUGCUAUUUUCACUCCCCAAAAUCCUACGAGGGCACGCUGAGUUGUAUGUGAUAGGGGCACUGGUGCGAGUUGUAUAUACCCGCUUCUUGGAUGCACAUUACGAAAUGGUUGGAAGUUUGUCGCAACAGGUUUGCGUGCUUGAUUUUUUUUUGGUGGGUUGGCAUGGGAAUGUGUAUUUUCUGGCUGACGAGUUAGACAUCGACGGGAGGUCACUUGAGUAUGCUAGAGAGAAUGUCAAGAGGAAUAAAGAGAAGGUCGGAGACUUAGAUGAGAGGAUCACGGUCUUUGAUAGUUCUCCUGAUGGUGAUGAUAUCUUCCCGCUUGGGAAAUUGGGGAUUGAGAGGUAUCAUACUAUCACCUACCAGCGAACAAGUGAACGAUAUACUAAUAAUAGAUAACAGGCUUGAUUUCACAAUGUGCAACCCUCCAUUUUACGCCUCCAUAGACGACAUGUUCGACUCCGCCAGACAAAAGAACCUACCGCCCUCAUCGGUACCUUCUCAAUCGCCUGCACUCUCCAUUAACCAUCUGUAACUGAUAUACCUAGGCCUGCACCGGCACCGCCACCGAAAUGGUCUACCCCGGCGGCGAAACCUCCUUCAUAACCUUAAUGUUCAACCAAUCCCUCCAACUCCGUUCAAACCCCGGUUUUGAGAACACCUGGUACACCAGCAUGCUUGGAAAGCAUAGUUCCGUGGAAUCACUCGUGCCAGCAAUGAAGCUGCAUACAAAAAACUACGCAAUCACUGAAUUCAAGCAGGGUUCUACACGGCGGUGGGGAGUCGCAUGGAACUUUGGUGAUAGGAGACCUCGUCUGGCUGCUGUGCGGUAUGAUAGCCCACAGUCGAGAGGGUUGAUGCCGUUCCCCACCGAGUUUGAAUUUGAUGCUGCAGGGAAUGUGAUGAGCAUUGGUGAGGCUAUCGAUAAUAUACUUGCCGGGGAGAUCGGGCUUAGGUCCGGGGAGUGGACGUGGGAUCCAUUGGUGAGUGCGGGGUGGGGAGGUGUGAAGGGGAAUGUAUGGUCAAGGGCUGCUCGAAGGGCGAAAGCUAGGGGAUUGGAAAUGGAGGGGAUUAGUAGUGGGGCUGCUUUGGGCUUUCGGGUUGGGAUGGAGAAGGGAGACCAGAAUGUAAAGGUGAAGAUCAGGUGGACAAGGGGGACUGAUUCUGUCCUCUUUGAGAGCCUUUGCGGAAUGAUCAAGAGGAAGGUCCUGGGCGGCUAGAUAUGGAUCAAUGAUCUUGUAAACCGGUUUUAUUUCCCGCCAAUCAUUGGCGAACCCCU